AGUUUGCAAUUAGUUUUCGUGCCGUUCGAGUACAAAGGGUUAACCCUUUCACUAAGGGGGGGAGGUUCUCCGCCGCGGUACUUCCGCUCAACGAAGAAACAAAUGAUGCAAAACAAAAUACUAUCAGUGCAUGUCCAGAGUGAGAUACUUAAAAACGGUUAGUCGGUAUCAAUACAUCAAUGGCAUUUUUUGGCGGGCCACUAUAGUGGCCCGUAGUAGCGAAAGGGUUAAGCUGCACGUCCGGGAGGUGUGACAAAUUGUUCUGCACCGCAAUCGGGAAACAGAUAACCCGAGAUGGAUCAAGUACACGUUUCCACGGUCGCCAUUGGCUGAUAACGCGAUAAUGCCGAGCAGCACACCUUUCCAGGGCAGGAGGACUAGGUCGCGUGUAAACCGGGUUGCCGGUUUAUUCCGACGACGACGCGACACGUCGCAGCCGUGAUCGCAUCGAUCCAGCAAUGUCACAUUAUCAUUCGUACGCGAUAAUUCGUCGCCACGGCACGCUGUCGCACGGGACAUUUAACGCACGUGACACUGCAACUCAUUUCGCGAGGAGCUCCACCAAUACGGUCAAUGUCUUGCACGUGCAGUGCCGCGCGCGCGUGUUUCGUGAUACCGCAAGAUUAAUCGGGAAUUAUUUCUGUGUAACCCCUGUUCAACCUCUGACCGUAAUAUUCCCGAGUUAAUUCCACCUCGCCUUUGAUAACCAGUCAAUGAAAUUGGUACGAACAAUGGAAAGUAAAAUAUAACCGGUGCCGAUAAUUAAAGGAAAAUGUGCGUUAAACGAAUUCUGUUAAUAACGGCACUGCGAUCGAUCACGCGAGACGAUGCCUUAUUAUUUCGGUAGAAACGUUGGCGUACCGAACUCUGCCAGAGAACAGCUUUCUCGCUCUCAUAUACUUGCCUAAAGUUAAUAUGAACUUAUAAUUAGACGAUAAUACGUUCUCCGUUUACGCAGGAUUCUGAUAGAGUAGAACGGAUGUAUAUUUAACGCAAUUAGAAGACUCGAACAAUUUCCAGCCAGGUUUCAUUUGACGUUUAAUUCUUGGAACUGCCAAGAACCGAAAGGUGUCAAUUACAAGACGAAUUAAUAUUGAAUUUCCGAGGAAGAUUCCACGGAUACUUGAUAGGCGACGUUCGGGGACGUCGUUCUACCGUCAGCAGCGAUUCAAUUCGAUUUUCUUUCCCGUGAAUCGACCGUUGAUUGGCUGGUUGGGCAAGUUUUACUUGCUACUUCGUGCAAGCCGGACGCAAUUCGAUUUGCAACAUUCCAUUGAUAGUCCACCGAGCUUUCGGCUUCCUGAAUUCGAUUCCCGCGACGUCUCGCCGUAGUUUCGGUCGAGUACCUUUUUCCCAAACACAGUCUCUUUCUACGACGGUGUCUGAAAUUCGAUUCGCGAAUAAAAAUAACCGCAGGAGGGAAUAAGUGAUUAGACGAGAGAUCGAAGGCCGACUGUCUCAAGUGCGUCGAACUGAAUCUCGUUUUCGUCGACCUCGCGGAGUCACUGACACCGCGAGGUCGACAGACACAGUAGUGCCUUCGACCUCACCACGCGUACAGACGUGCGAGCAAUGCCACGAGAUAAAAACCGAUCAAAUAUUUAGCCGACCUUCUGUCGUUUAAUAACUGUACGCCGAUCACCUCUAAAUUCGAUGAUUCACUCCGUUCGUACAUUUCCGUAAUUUACAAACGUCAUUCGAUUCCUAAACGAAUAGACGAUAAACUCUCGUUACCUCGUCGGUUGUGAUAAGCUCGAACGGAAGCGAAGGAAAAGAAUGAAACAUACGGGUACGCAGACCACGCGGAGGGUCUGAACCGAUCGCGGAGAAGAGCAGCUGGUUAUCAGUUCCGCGUCCGUGGGGAACGGCCGCUACGGUCCCGAGCGAAACGAACUUGACCCGGUUAAAGACAGCUGUACGAAUAUUUCGUGACAUUCCUCCUACCCGUCGGCCGCAGGUAGAACUCCGGAUAGUCGGUGCGAAGGCCUCCUCCUGUGUCGCGACAGAGAGGAGGAGACACGCCGAACGUUUCGCUCCCACCGACGACGACGACGGCGAGCGAAACGGGCCGCGAGCGGCAAAGAGUGGGUCAAGUUCAGAGGAACGUGGAUGGAGUAACAGUCGAGUGACUCUCGCUUUCAUAUUUACCCUGCCCUGGCGUACACCGGGGCACCGUCGUGUACACGACUGUAUGCGCGUGACUACACAACGAAUUCGACUGCGAGAUGAAAGUUCGAAGGGUCAAUUUCAUAGGAAGAAAUUUUACGAUAAUACAUAAAAGUAAAAGUUAAUGAACGCUGUUAAAAAUAUUGAUGAUCUUUGGAAGAAUGAAUCGUAAUCAAUUUUUAGUAACGAUGAACAGAUUAUAUUUGUUAAUAUCGCAGCGUCGUACACGCGCGAUCAACAGCUUCCACGUGCCCGAUUAUCCUGACCACCUGUCAUAGUGAUUAUUCGUAGGCACAUAAUCCGAUUUCCGUUUGUCGGCGAUAACAACGUCGUGGAGAACGUAUGCGUGUCGGAAAUGCGAUUAUCCGGGAUAAACAGCUUUAAAUUGAACGUGGUCAUCGUGAACCUGAAGGCAUGCGAUGCCUCGUGCGCAUCGAAAGAGAAGCUUGCGACGUACGCGAUCGAGCAGAUAUGAAUCUGCAUCUAAAAGAGAUAUGGAAAAGACUCUAUUUAUGGCACGGAAUUGGUAAAUCGAAGGACGGUGGCCAUUCAUAAGUCUCAAGAUCAACGUUCUACUACGUAACUCGAUCAUCCUUGACGCAUGACAAAAUCCAUGGGCACUGGAUCCGAUGCGUAUCUGAAUCCCUCGUCCCUUGACCGAGCAUUCGCCGAGAGGCAUGGCGUAUCAAGUGCGAAGGAAUCAGCCUUGGGAAUGACAUCGGGGCCGGGGCAUUAUCAUUGAGUUUCCGCCGCGACGGCGAUCCUAUCGAUGGGCCACGGACCUCGGAUGCUCGGCGAUCGCUUAACGAGCAGAAGCGUGGUGGAAGGUGAGACAAGGUACGAGAGCGAACCGCGAGAAAGAUGCAAUCCGUAAACGGAGCCAAGUAUAAAGAAGCCCCGGUAACGAGACUCUGCGACACUUUUUCAUUGUUCACCGACCAGCAGCGAUCACCGGAGAAGAGAGGGGCGAACAUGGUUCCGCGCAACGUUUCCGUCGUUCUCGUUCCUCUCCUGUUGAUCUUCAUCCUGGCCCACCGUGCAUCCAGCGAAUACAACAAUUUCGCUGACGUACCUUGCGGCCGACGAGACAUCGGGACGCGUACGGCGAGGCUGGUCGGUGGACAAAAUGCAUUUCCACACGAGUUUCCUUGGAUGGUGAGCAUCAGCAAAAAGGGAGGACACAUUUGCGGAGGGACCAUCCUAAACACAAGAUACAUUUUAACCGCAGCGCAUUGCGUCUGCUCAGCCACGUCUAUGGUUUCCGCUGGUCAACUGCGGGUCAGUCUUGGCGAGUAUAAUCUCAAAGGACCGGAAAUACCAGCGUCGAAAGAAGAGAGGGUCUCGAACAUAAUUGUACAUCCCGACCACAAGUGCGGGAAGUACGUGGACGAUAUUGCCCUCUUGGAACUGGCAAGCCCGAUCGUUUGGUCGGAAAGCGUGAAACCAGCCUGUUUACCUGUGGCCACUGGGAAACCAGGGUAUAGCGCCUUCGGCGGAGAGCUCGCUGGGGUAGCCGGAUGGGGUUGGUUUAACGAAGACAGAUCCAAAUAUAAACGAGCGGACGUGUUGCAGAAAGUGGAAGUUCGCGUGAUCGAGAACAGCGUGUGCCGCGAAUGGUACGCCAGCCAAGGCAAGUCGACCCAAGUAGCGCCGAAGCAAAUGUGCGCCGGCCACGAAGAAGGUGGCCGCGACUCAUGCUGGGGCGACAGUGGCGGGCCUUUAAUGGUCGGAAGUAAUCCCAGGAGCGAUGAGUUAAUGGUCGUCGGCAUCGUUUCAUCGGGCGUGGGAUGCGCCAGGCCUCGGCUUCCAGGUGUAUAUACCCGGGUGUCGGAAUACAUACCUUGGAUCACGCAGAACGUGUUCCGAUAAAUAGAAACUCGCAUGCUGAGCUUCGAGUUUAGCCUCCGAUUUUCUAUAAAGUCUGCGUACAUAAUAUUAUUACUCGCUAAGAAUUUACAUUUUAUCAUUAUUGGUAAAUUGUCAUUGGGAGAAUUGUGAUCACGUUAGUAUUUAAUUCGUAAUAAGUAAAACCUAGUGUAAAUAAUUUAUAAACUACUUUCAUCUAGUCAAUAUGCGUAGCAUAAAUAUUGUAAAUAAUCGAAGUAACUUCAUCCUCUGCGCUGGAGAUGACGAUACAAAUCUGUUAUAGAAAAUAAAUCAAGUGCAAAGUGUUGAUAAAUGAA